AUGUCUUCCGCCGCCAUCCCCCAACAGACUCUCAAUGAGCUAGAAAAGUACACAGCGUGCGACGUCUCCGAUGCGCUCCUCAAGCUCAAGGUGCCAGGUGCGGGGUUCAUAGCCGACCUCACCCAGUAUAGCUCCGGCGAUGCUUCUGUUGGGAGCAGUAAGCAUGAAAAGGUCACGGUAGCUCCUGUGUCAACGGUCCUUUUCACGGCCAAGAACGAGGAUCCCGCUACCGCUAGCGAGCGACCUGCGCCCAACUUCCCCAAAGACACGCAUUGGGUCGACAACGCCGUUCCCGGCACGUUCGCCGUCAUGCAACAGGCCCCCGGCCAGACCAACGCCAUCUGCGGAGGCAUCAUGGCCCUGAGGAUGAGGGUCCUUGGCGUCAAGGGUAUCAUAGUGGCGGGUCGCGUGCGAGACCUGGUGGAACUGCGAAGCACGGAGCUGCCUAUUUGGGCUCUUGGCACGUCGACCGUCGGGUCGGGCGGCAGUAGUGUGCCUUGGGCGCGCGAGGUGCCGCUCACGAUCAAUGGCGUGCUCGUCUCGCCGGGCGACCUGGCCGUCAACGACCCCGUCAACGGCGUCGUCGUCAUCCCGCGAGACAAGGUGGGACAGGUGCUCGAACUGCUGCCGAGGCUGACCUCGGCUGACGAGAAGGCCAAGGCCGACGUGGCCCUCGGCGUGUCCGUCAAGGAAGCGUUUCAGCGCCACCGCGGAUAG